GGUGCUAAAGUGUUGUCCUUUAGGAGUGGACCCCUCAAAUUCAUUGACUCGUUGUGUUUCCUGCCUAUGCCAUUGGCCUCGUUUCCCAGCACCUUCAAUUUGACCGAAUUAAAGAAGGACUUCUUUCCGCAUUUGUUCAAUACCCCGGAUCAUCAACAGUAUGUGGGCCGUAUCCCUGAUUUGGAAUUUUACGAUCCCGAGGGUAUGAUGGCCAAAAAGAAAGACGAACUGACGCGUUGGCAUGCGGACCAAGUCCGUCGUAAUGUGCGUUUUGAUUUCCAGCAAGACAUGAUCGAGUACUGCAAAUCAGAUGUGGCGCUCUUGAAAGUGGGGUGUGAAGCCUUUCAGCAAGAAUUUGAACAGCAAGCUGGUUUCAAUCCCAUGGCUAAAUACAUCACCAUCGCCAGUGCCUGCAAUCUCUAUUGGCGCAAGCACCAUUUGACCCCCGACACCAAUGCCGUCGAACCGCUCCGGGGCUGGCGAGGCGCCCAAGUUAAUCAAUCCCUCAAGGCCCUACACUUGCUGUACUACCAAGAACACCUUAUUCCUAAAGAGGGGGCUAGUGCCGAUCGCAUUCGUCAUGUCCGGAAUGGGGGCGAGCAGUUUGUCCGGACCCUCGUGAACAGUUAUUUCGUCGAUGGGUAUGAUCCCUUGACCCGCACUGUUUACGAAUUUCAUGGGUGUCUCUACCAUGGCUGUCCCAUUUGUUUUCCUAUGAGAAACGCCAAACAUUAUGCCACACCGGAUCGAAGCGUGGAGGAACUGUAUCAAGCCACGCUCUCUAAACGCCUGGCUCUGCUUCGAGCAGGUUAUAUAGUGAUUGAAAUGUGGGAGUGUGAAUGGGACAAGUUGGUGGACACGGAUGAAGCUGUCCAACGUUUCCUGAAUUCGUUUGAUCUGGUGGCUCCCUUGGAACCCCGUGACGCCUUU